AUGUGUUACAUCUUGUUAAUUACCGAAUCACUUCAAAAUAAAAUCAUAUUUACUCUGCUCCUUUUGAUUUUUUAUGAUAUAUCUCACGUCAAUGCAUACCACAUAUCAACGUCAGGCUGUCCUUGUGUAUCCAUAUGCGAACAACGCACUGGACGUUUUCAGCCUUCAUGUACCGUUAACAUUGAUUCCUGUAGUGGACAUUCAACUGUUCUUGUAGACUUUGACUAUUUCAGUAAUACCUCAAGCAACAGAGGUUACGAUAAUUCUUUUGAUAUUUUUAAUCGUACAUCAUAUCAAAAAGAAACGUUCAAACCCUUUUUAACAGCUGAACAAAUGAACAAUGUUUACAAUAUUUUGGAUACCAUAACAUCCAUUCUCAAAUACUCAGCAACCGUCGCAUCGGCGAACAACCGACAACUUCUAGCAGAACCAAAUAAUGCCGACAAUUGUUCAUGUAAAGAAGAUAUUUUUGGCAUCUUUGACUUUUGCACAAUACAAAAAACGGAAAACAGGACGUCAUCGAACAAAAUAGAAAUUGUUCAACAAACCAUGACAAAAAAGUUAGAAUCCAGUACACCACCAAAUCAAGAUACGUUACCUCUACAAGUCACUAAAGUUUGGAAUAAUAAGCCAAAUCUUUUGGUGACACCAGAAAAAGAGCGAAUAACAUCGAUUGGAUGCGAUGUUUCUUGUCGUACUUGCUUGAAUGGAUACAAAAACUCAAUCAAUGGAUGCGUCCAGUGCAAUGACACAAACACUCAAACGCAUCUCUUUCUACCGGUUGAUUCUCAGUCUGUUCACGGAAAAUGUCUUCCAAUCACCACUUCUAGUUCUUAUUGCCACGCAUCCUGCUUAAGUUGUUCGCUAAGUGAUAAACCCUUCAACUAUUCUACUUGUAUGUCUUGUUAUCCUGAUUUUUCUCUCGUUCCGUCGCCUAUUGGACAGUGUAUCAAGUCCUCCACUAGUGUCCCACAUAACUAUAUUGAUAUAGAUUUACAAAACAAAAAAACAGAUACAGCUUCUACUAGAACAAAAACAAAGCAACCCCACACAAUUCAAAUGAAGACAAACACAACUUUUGAUCCACAUAAUACCGCUUCCAAAAUCCAUUUUGAAAAACGAAAUUACUCUUUACGGCAACCGUCUGAAUCAUCUCUUCGUCACGAUAAACAAAAAAUGGAUACGGGAACUAGUAGGGCCUUCAUUGAUGACAUGCGUUCUUUUACUCGUCCUAGCCAUCAUAGCAUAAUUACGAGUACUACUAACCACUCCCUUCUAUUAAGACCAACAAUUUCAUUAGAAAAAACAUUAAAGGACAAGCAUCAAGGUAACAAUAGCCUUGUUUCACGACCACAGUAUCAGUCGGUUUAUUGGAAUCCAAACCAAACACUAGCAAUUAAUAAAACUUUCUUAGGGAGUAAGAUGGCGGCAAAAGCGUCAGUAAACCAAAAUGAACCAUUAAAUGAUUUUGUUGUAAAUGAGAAAACAUUUGAAUAUUGUAGUGCGAUUGAAAAAAAUUUGAAGAAAUCAUUGAUUGAAGAUGUCAAAGACACAAAGACAGAAUGGAAACUUGGCAGACGUUAUUGGACUCAAUUAGUAUACCUUCAAGCAGAUAAUAAUUUAGAAAAAUCAGCUUUUGCGAACUUGCGUGAAAUGUUACAUCCUAUGGACGCCAACGACGAUACGAACAAAGUCAAUGAUCUUUUAGCCUCUGAUUUUAUGCAUCUUGUUGUUUUGCUAGAUACUAGAGGAAAAAAUAUGUCAGAAGAGCAAGAAAUCUAUAUAACAACAUUAAUAAAUAGAAACAUUCUACCAAUACAAAGCAAUGGGUCCAAAACAUUAUUAAAACCUUUUAUUUCUAAAUUUUUUCCAACGGUGCAAUCAAAAUGGGAUUCCAUUGUCUAUGAGUUUCUAAAUAACAUUGUUGUAUGUCCGGAUCUAUCCAUUGUUGAUAGUGUUCGAUAUCACACUUUAGCUACAGAAAAAGGAGAAGCUUAUGAAUUAUAUCGUAUUCGUCAUUAUGACGUGACUACGAAAAAAUUCACAAAUUCUUUUAAAUGGCUUCUCUUGAGGCGAAGAGGCGAAGUCGACAUGGAUGAUCCUUUAAUUCUUAGCGACUUCGUCUCACGAUCCUUGCAAGUGUUUCCUUCCUUGUACACGUCCAUAUUCUUCUGGAAUCAUGGUGGUUCAUGGCAAGGCCUAGGCGGCGAUCAAGGUAACUCAGAUGGAAAAGGCAUGAGUCUUCAUAAUAUUGCACAUGGAUUGAGUCGGGGGUUAUCUCAUGCUUCUUUAACACAUUUGCAUUACAAAUUCACUUUACUUGGUUUUGAUGCGUGUGCUAUGAGUGACUAUACCGUGUUGGAUGUUCUUUCGGACUUUUGCGAGUUUUUUCUUGCUAGUCAAGCUAAUGAACCAAUUAGCGGAUGGAAUUGGAAAUAUCUUCUUCCAGCUUUGCGCGAUGAAGCAAACUCCGCUGGCUUUUACGCCGCUAGUCCCUUAAAAUAUUCUUCGUAUAUCAUUAAAGGUUACUCACUGGCUUCUCCUCAAACUUUUUCCAGCGUUAACUUACUUUCACAAUCCGCGUCAACACUUAGCUUAAUUGAAAUGACAAGAUUUCACCUAUUUCGCGAACAGUUUAAAUUUGUGUCAAAGCUUUUGUACGCAUGCGGAGGGUACCGUAUCAGCUGGAUUAUCGAAAGUGUUUUAGAACAAUUACCGUACUUGGAAACUUGUUUACUUCAAAACAUGUGCGGUUGUGUUGAUAUGGGAACCUUCUUAAUUCGUUUAGUAGAACGACUUUUAUUAGAAGGGUUCAACAGACAAUUUGUUUCUGAGGUCUUGACUCUAAGAGAUCUUUAUUAUGAAAUGAUUGUGGCUGACCUUACAAAGGAAACCUUACGUUCGCUACACUUGGGCUUACAGGCGCAUUUGAGCUCAAGAACACCGGUUGUUCUGGAAAGGUUGAUGACGGGCGUGUCUCUUUACUUUCCCAUGAAGAGUAAUAAUUGUAAUAAGAACACCAAUACUGAGGCCCUGUACCGAGUAUAUCAAAAUCUCUUUCACACUACAUGGAAUCAAUUUUUAAAUAAAAUUACGAAGAAAACACUGGGAAAGGAGUGCACCGCUCAUCCUUCUCGAAUUUUCACCCACGAUUUGUUCUCAGAUUCUUCAAGAUUCCUUCAUGACGUUCAAAUAUCUUCUGUUGAAAUAUCUGUCAACAAAUCAAGCGUUUUACCAUUUAACGAAAUAAUUCACUUUUCCUCUUUUAUUUCAGGAACUUCUUUAUAUGUAAAAACAGUGGCUGGUGUUUUAUUAAAAACACUUCCUGAACACUGGAUACCAGAAUUAUCUACAACUAAUGAAGUUGUGUUACUCACAAGAGAAACAAGUCAUUUGCUGGAUGAAAACAAAUUUUUUUUUAAAAUUGAAGAUACAUGGGAUUUUCGACAUUAUGUAUUAAUACAAUCUUUGUCUAAAAGCAGAAAUGAAUGGAAUCCCCAAAAUGUUUCUCAUAAUUCUAAAGUCUACUCACCUUUGUAUGUUCGUUUCGCUGCAUUUCUAAAAGUUCAAUCCGUUAACACACCCACACAUGAGAAUAUAACACGCAAUCCGACGAAACUCUUUAAAAAUAUUUACCUUGCACCUGUAAAAUAUUAUCGAUCAACAUACCAUGUACAAAAUGACAAAUUCCAAUAUGGAUCCCUUCUUUUUGAACAACCCUACAAAUGGCAAACUCUUCGCCUUGUUUUAAAAAACAAAACAAAGUGGAUAUUGAAACCAUUUUCAGAUCAAGAGUCCUUUUUCAAACCUAUACUUUAUUUUACUAAAACUUCCAAAAAUUUUCCAUAUGUAACAUACAAUCCUACGGAUAGUCCUUUUGUGUUCACAUUACAACCUGAUACUUUAUCGAUUCAGUUAAUGGAUCAUACAAACUUUUUACAACAUAACAUUUUUUUAUACAACAAUGAUAACGGUUUAUCCAUAGAGCACCAAUAUCGAGCAAUUGUUGGAUUUUCUACCCAAAAAAAGAGAACUUUUCUACCACGACUAUUUUUAAUUUCUUUACCUGACAUACAAAAAGAGGGAUUCCCUUUUUGUAUUGCACCUCAAUGGUUCCCUAUCACUAGUAACAAAUCCCGUAAUAAUGGCGUUUGCGAUAUCCUCUUAGGACGUUCACAAUGUGAAAGCUAUCAAAAUAAACGCGUAGACUAUAAAGAUAAUACGUCAAAUGUUUUAACUCUUCACGUCUCUGAAAAAAAUGAUUGUUGGACACGUAAUCGCCAAGAAUUGAUGAUUCCUUUGUUACUCGACAUGCAUCCUUUUUCACCUGAUAUUUUUGCUAAUACACUAGAGAUGUCAAACAAGAAAUGCGAUUCUUGCGGAAAUCAUACUGUAUGUCAUUGGAACCCCUACAGUUCUCAAAUGUCUUCAUCUUACACUUGUGAAUGCGCCAAAGGUUAUAAGCCUUUAAAACCAAUUACCGUUGAAGAAAACAGUUCUGUGUCACAGUUUCAUUGUGUGGAUGUGAAUGAAUGCCUUGAACUACCAUUGAAUGAGACUUGUCCUCACCCUUUUGUGUGUGUUAAUCUUCCGGGAACAUACGCUUGCUUAUGCGCUACAGGAUAUACAACGAAUGAAACGUUUCAAUGUGUUGAAGAACUUGCGUGUCAAACAAAAAAUAUUUUUGAUCAAUGCGUCUGCCAACCCGGAUAUCAACCGAAAGAAUGGAGUACUCUAAAAGACUUAUCAAAACACUAUUUCGAAAAUUCGCUCGUUCGUCAAAAAAACUCAUAUUUCUUAUUUGAUAGUUCCACCAAUUUAUCUCAGCCCAAAACAACUUUUACAGAAACACCUCUUAAUAAGACCGUUUCUUAUCCAUUUUUUUGUGACGAUAUUGAUGAAUGUUCGGCCAACACUUCCUCGUGCCAUUCAUUUGCUAAAUGUCAUAAUUUAAAGGGUGGCUACGCUUGUUUUUGUUUAGAUGGUUAUGAAGGGAACGGAUACGAAUGUUUUACCGGAUCCCCGUCUGUUACAGUUCAACUCAACUUUGUACUACCUUAUCAACAUAGUUUACAAAAUUCCAACCACCGCUCGUUGUCUCAUAUUCUUUCUCAAUUGUCCUUGGCAUCUAAAACACCGGAUUUAUUAUUUUCAAACGACUCUUUCGUAAAUCUACAACAGUUACUCACCACUAGUCUGUCAAAGGGACUUUCUAUUUCUGAAUGGCGUAUAAAUGUCACAAACUGUUCUAUUUUAACACAUCCAAUCAAUACUUCUAAUUAUGAAUUCACGUCGCACUAUUCCCUUAUUGCUCAAAGCGUCUAUGGAAUGGGACACAAAUGCAUUGUACGUAUAGAACCAUUACCCGCGCCAAUCUUCUCCUUACACAAAGUGUCUGUUUUAUUUCAUAAUUCACAAUCUAAUGAUAACAAAAAAUGGGAACCAACAAGUUUUGAAGCUGCAUCAGAUUUAAAAAGGCAAUUGUCGUCUUCCUCUCAUUUGCUUCAUGAUAGCCAUCAGUUUUCUUAUGAAAAUUAUCACGAUUUACCUUUACGGAAUCCACACAUUGUUGGUCCACUCUUCGCCUACUUGAGUAACUUUAUGAUUUUAGAUGCAAUCCACAUAGAGCCGCUUAAUUCGAGAAAUUCACCCAGUAACGUAAAAAAUGGCAUUCAAACUCUUGUUACUCCAGUGAUCAAACUAAGUAAAAAAAUUCAAUCAUUUUUUGCAGAAGAAACAAAUCGACUUGUUCUGGCGGGUUUCCUAUUAGUUUGUUUCGUUUGGUGCACGACUUCUCUUGCACUACGUUAAAAUUUACUGAAAACCAUUUUGUUGCUUAAAGUGUUAAAAAAAAAACGAAAAUAUCUUCUUCA